UAGUUCACCCCCUAGUGGAGAAAUUUAAAAAAAAUCUAAUUUUUUCCAUAAAGAACAACUAUUUAGAUAGUAAAUCAAGGGUGGAAAGAAAGUAAAAAUCUAAUCUCACUCAUGAACUAUUAUUUCAGUUGCAGAAGUCCCAAAACAAAACGUCUUUGACUUGGUUGCUACCCCACCCCAUUCACUUACAAUGAUGUCGAUUCAGACCAGAAAAUAUUAAAAGUCAAAACACUGGAAGACGCGUUCUUUGAAUAUGCCACACCAUUCUUUCCACAUUCCCACAAAACGAAGGAUACAUAAGAAGGAAAAAAAAAAAAAAACAAACACUCGCAUUCAUUUAAACCUCUGCAGCAGGCAGCAACCAGCACCUUCACCAUCCCAAAAUGGCCACAUACACAAUCUCGUGUGCCACCACCAUAACACUAGUACUAUUGCUGGUUACUUCCUCCAUCCAAAAAUCACGAGCACAACAAGCGUACGUUAACAACAAACAACUACAAUGUGACAAUGAAUACAACGAGACAAAGGGAAAUCUCUGCAACAGCAUCCCUUCAUGCAAUUCAUACCUAACCUUCAAAUCAUCCCCACCAGAAUACAGCACACCAUCUUCCAUCUCUUACCUUCUCAACGCAACACCCUCUCUCAUAGCCACCGCCAACAACAUCACCGACGUUCAAUCCAUCCCCGCCGAUACCAUGGUGACAGUUCCCAUCAAUUGCUCCUGUUCUGGCCCUUACUACCAACACAACGCUUCCUACACCUUGAAGACCCUUGGAGAAACCUACUUCUCCAUUGCCAACAUCACCUACCGGGCUCUCACCACGUGUCAAGCACUCAUGGCUCAGAACUCCUUUGGGGAACGCAACCUUACCGCUGGUCUCAACCUGCACGUGCCUCUCAGGUGUGCGUGUCCAACCCAGAAACAGCGUGAUGCUGGAUUCAAGUACUUGCUCACGUACUUGGUGUCUCAAGGGGAAUCAAUUUCUUCCAUCGCUGAUAUCUUCGGCGUUGAUGAACAGAGCGUUUUGGAUGCUAACGAGCUUACUUCUUCCUCUAUUAUUUACUACUUUACACCAAUUUCGGUUCCUCUGAAAACAGAGCCUCCGACGAAAAUACAGAUAGCGGCGCCUCCGACGGAGUCUCCGCCGCCUCCGGCGGGUAACGGAGGUUCCGGGUCUUCCAAGAAAUGGGUCAUUGUUGGAGUCACGGUUGGGGUUGCUCUGUUGGUGAUUCUUGUUCUAGCUCUGUUUUUCCUCUGUUUCUAUCGCCGAAGGCGGCAGCCGGAGCUUCCGCCGGCGAAGCCUUUCUCGGCUUCUUCCCCAACCGAAGCCACCAAGAAGGGGUGGGAUACUACCCCAACAACGCAAUCGAUGUCUAUUUCUUCUGAAGGGAUUCGCUAUGCGAUUGAGUCGUUGACUGUGUACAAGUUUGAGGACUUGCAGAAUGCAACAGGGUUUUUCCGUGAAGAUAACAGGAUCAAGGGAUCUGUUUAUAGAGCUUCUUUCAAGGGAGAUUAUGCUGCUGUUAAGAUUCUCAAAGGAGAUGUCUCAGCUGAGAUCAACAUUCUGAAGAAGAUUAACCACACCAAUGUUAUAAGGUUGUCUGGUUUUUGUGUCUACAAAGGUAACACCUAUCUUGUGUAUGAGUUUGCUGAGAAUGAUUCUCUUGAUGAUUGGCUUCACACUGAGAAGAAGUACCAGAAUCCCAUGUCUUUGAGUUGGUUGCAAAGGGUUCAGAUUGCUCAUGAUAUUGCUGAUGCUUUGAAUUACCUUCAUAACUAUACCAACCCUCCGCAUAUUCAUAAGAAUUUGAAGAGUGGUAAUGUUCUUUUGGAUGGGAAUUUUAGAGCCAAAGUUUCAAACUUUGGAUUGGCAAGAGCUGUGGAGGAUCAAGGGGAUGGAGGGUUUCAAUUGACAAGGCAUGUGGUGGGAACUCAAGGUUACAUGCCACCUGAGUAUAUUGAGAAUGGUUUGAUUACUCCAAAGAUGGAUGUCUUUGCAUUUGGGGUUGUGAUUUUGGAGCUUCUUUCGGGAAGAGAAGCCGUUGGUGGAGACAAGAAUGGAUCGGGGGAGCAGAUGCUGUCAGCAACUGUGAAUCAUGUUCUUGAAGGAGAUAAUGUUAGGGAGAAACUUAAAGGUUUCAUGGAUCCAACUUUGAGGGAUGAAUACCCUUUGGAUUUGGCAUACUCUAUGGCUGAGAUUGCCAAACGAUGUGUUGCUCGUGACCUAAAUUCAAGACCAAACAUUUCUGAGGUUUUCAUGACUAUGUCUAAGAUUCAAUCCUCUACUUUGGAUUGGGAUCCAUCUGAUGAGCUUGAUCGAUCCAGAUCUGUUAGCCAAAUCUCUGAUAGCAGAUAGGUGAUAGAAAAAUAUUUGCUAGACAACCUUUCAAGUGUAGACAUCUAUAGAGAAAUAAGAAGAGAAAAGAAACAAGUGAUAGAUGCGUGGAUAAUGUGAUAUAACAGGAAGAGAGAUAAAGGGCGUGAAAUAGGUUGUGACACUGUUUAAGGACUUAGGGUGUUUAAAAUUCAGAAUUGUAGAUGAUAAUGCGUAAUUCGUCUCAAGAACUUGUCAUUAUGCUAUUAGCCAAUUGCCUCAGGCUCAUGUUUGAAUAAGAAAUUUGUUCUUUAAUAAUGUACGUGCAGAGUUUUCUUUGGGCCUCCUUUGUAUCACAUGUAUUGAUGGCUGCUACCACAAAUUGAAGUUCACACUUAACACUAGCAAAUUCUUGUCUUCCUAAAAAUGGAAACUUCAAUUCAAUAUGUUAUUUUGUAACAGAAUUAUAAAUGGUAUUGUUUCAUUUGUUAAUGAUAUCAAAUUGAAUUAUAGAAAAAAUUCAGCUAGUACUUCGAAUUCGAAGGCCCGAGCAUGCAUUUCAUAUUUUCUAUUUCUUCUCAAUGUAAAAUCCUUUUGAUGUUUCACUUCAUUCUGUGAAAUAAACUGUGGAAUAUGAACAUUGGCCAAUAUAACGGUUGCCAGAAAAGGGAUCUGUUUGCCUUGCCUUCAUAUUCUUCUAGAAUUUGGGUGGUACAAGCUGUUUCCUGAUUUGUGAAGUCUUGUAUGUUUAAUGAUUAAAUAAUUUACUUUGUUUUUGUUCGUUAAUUUCGAGCCUUUUGGUGCCAAAUACAUCCAAUCAAGGAAGCAUGACUACUUCAUAUUAUAUUCUUAUAUGACAUUGAUUCUAAUGUGUAUGAUAAGGCAACAUAUAUUUUCUAAAUUUCUAUUUGAUAAGGCUUGACUUGACCUACCUUAAAUU